AUGUCCAAUCCUGUGGAUCCAGACACGGCUCAUCCCAGACUGGUCCUGUCUGAGGAUCGGAAAAGUGUGAGAUGUGGAGACACACGGCAGCAUCUGCCUGACAACCCUGAGAGAUUUGACUCUGAUCUCUGUGUGCUGGGCUGUGAGGGAUUCACCUCGGGGAGACAUUGCUGGGAGGUGGAGGUGGGGGGUGGGGAAAGCUGGGCUGUGGGGGCGGCCAGAGAGUCUGUGGGGAGGAAGGGACGGAUCAGCCGUAGCCCUGAGGGGGGGAUCUGGGCUGUGCAGUGCUGGUGGGGGGGUCAGUUCCGGGCUCUCACUGACCCUGAGGCCCCCCUGCCCCUGCCCCGCAUCCCCAGCAGGAUCCGGGUUUGUCUGGACUGUGACCGGGGGCAGGUGACAUUUAUCGAUGCUGGUGACGAGACCUCGAUCUUCACUUUCCCGCCGGGCCCCAUCCCUGGGGAGAGAAUCCGACCCUGGCUCUGGGUGGGGUCGGGAGCCCAGCUCAUACUGUGUCCCUGAGGUGGGGGGAGGAAUAUCCCACUGCGGGCCCUGAAAUCAGCCUCUCUGGUCUCUAUGAUCUUGGAGUACUCCUGUCUACCCAAUCCUCUGGCCUCUUAACUCUGAC